AUGGACAAAAAUUUACGUAUCGUCAUUGUGGGGGCGGGAAUGGGUGGCUUAGCCACGGCUCUCGCCCUGGCGAAGAAAGGAUUUACCCAAAUCGAGGUCUAUGAGACAGCAUCAAAUCUCGGCUUUGUGGGAGCAGGAAUUCAACUUGCUCCAAACAUGGCCAGAAUAUUGGAUAGAUUAGGUGUCUGGGCCGACAUCGAUAGGGAGGCUGUUGUAGUUUCAGAAACAAGCAUUAGACAGGGCGAUGAGGAUAAAGAACUGGCCCGUGUCGAUUUGGGGUACGUCAAGAAGCAAUAUGGAUACCCGCACAUGGUAGGCCAUCGGGCCUCGCUCGCCGGUUCCCUAUAUGAAGGGUGUAAAAAUGAGCCAAACAUCAAAUUCUAUUUCUCAACCUCGGUAGAAGACGUAGAGUCGUUCCUCCCCAAGCCGUCUAUCAUCAUGAAACCCCGCAACGGGGAGCCCUACACCGUGAAAGCGGAUAUCCUUCUCGGUGCCGACGGAAUAAAGAGCAACACCCGUACCGCAAUGCUGAAAGAGAUCAAUGCACCAGAUGCAAAGGUCCUCGACACAGACCAAGCAGCAUACCGUAUCAUGCUCCGACGUGAAGAAAUGGCUCACGAUCCGGAACUCCUGCAACUGAUCGAUAGGGAUGUCGUUACGAGGUGGAUUGGCGAGAAGCGUCAUAUCAUCGCGUACCCCGUUUCCAACAAGACCAUCUAUAACAUCUCUACCGCGCAGCCAGACAAGAAUUUUGCGGCUGGUCCAUCGGCAACGUAUACCACAAAAGGAUCCAAGUCUGCGAUGUUGGGGACGUUUGGUGAUUUCUGCCCGAUGAUCAAGAGAAUGUUAGAUCUUGUGCCGGAUGGUGAUGUUUGUGAGUGGAAAUUGCGGGUUCAUAGCCCCCUUCCUACGUGGGUCCAUGGCUCUUUUGCCCUCGUUGGUGAUGCAUGCCAUCCCACGCUUCCACAUCUUGCGCAAGGAGCUGCGCAGGCUAUUGAAGAUGCUGCCGUGCUAGGCGUUGUGCUCGAUAAAUGCCCGGACUCGGGUCCCGAAAGCAUCAAUAAAUCUCUCCGUGUCUACCAAGAGCUGAGGAAAGACCGUGCAGAGACACUGGUGGAGCUUGCGGCGGCAAAUGGAAGGGACUUGCAUCUCGGAGCCGGGUCUGCAAAGGAGGAGCGCGACAAGAAGUUUGCAGCGCUCAAGGACAAGCAAGGUGCGGUGCCAGAUAAGUGGGCGGAUGCGGAUGUGCAGAAGAUGAUUUAUGGGCAUGAUUGUAUGAAGGAAGCAGAGGAGCAGUACCAGGGGCUUUUUGCGAAGCUAUGA